UGGAGAGCGAGAGAGAGAGAGAGAGAGAGAGAGAGAGGCUAAAACCCUGACAUGGAGGAGCUCCCGCCGGGCUACCGCUUCUACCCCACGGAGGAAGAGCUCGUGUCCUUCUACCUGCGCAACCAGCUCGGCGGGCGGAGGCAGGACAUGCACCGCGCUGUGCCCGUGGUCGACGUCUAUGGCAUUGACCCGUGCCAGCUCCCGAGGCUCGCGGGGCGGCUGUGCUGCGGAGACACCGAGCAGUGGUUCUUCUUCGUGCCGAGGCAGGAGAGGGAGGCGCGCGGAGGGAGGCCGAACCGGACCACGGCCUCCGGGUACUGGAAGGCCACGGGGUCGCCCGCGUACGUCUAUUCGUCGGACAACAGGGUGAUCGGGGUGAAGAAGACCAUGGUGUUCUACAAUGGGAAAGCUCCCACGGGGAGGAAAACGAAAUGGAAGAUGAAUGAGUAUAGGGCCAUUCAAGAAGAAGCCAACCCUUCAAACAUCGCCAUUCCUCAGGUCUGUGUUGCGGCACGAGUUCACCUUAUGCCGAGUGUACGUGAUAUCGGGAAGCUUCCGUGCAUUCGAUCGCCGCCCGCUCGAGACGGUGGAAAGGUCUGCAGAGCCUAGCCACAGAUAUUUGCCAGACGAGGUUCAGGCCCAACUUGACGAACGCACGGGACCCGGAAGCGGAAUACAGCAGCCGGUGUUGGAAUUGGAGCAGCUGACCUGGCCAUGAGCAAAAAGUCGCCGCAAGGCGGGGGCAGCCCGGCUGCUAGAAACUCGGCUUCGAGUCCUGACGAGAGGGCACGAUAAGCAGGCAAAUCGUAGUUCAACUUCAACCAGCAUAGCAUAGCAAGACUAAUUUUUUCCGCCUUCCUCCUCGGCGGGUAGAUAGCAAAUAAUAACAGAAGCUGAAAGAUGUAGGACAUGUUUUUUGUUUUGACUCGAAAGAUGUAGAAAUUCUUUGUACCAAUGACUGGAUUUUC